GGGGGCGGGGGGCAGCCCGAGCAGCGAGCAGGAGUGGCUUUUGUCCCUCAUCCUUGUUUACUCGAAGAAACUUCAGACCGGACGUGUUUAGUCAGAACCGAAAUGCGUCUCGGGGCCAAGCCGAUAGCAAAGGAAGCUGCCUGGCGGUGGCAGCCGCGCAGAUAGCGCCGCCAUCCCCCAGCCCGGGCCCGAGCGCUGGCGCUCCUCCCGCUCCCUCCUCCCGGCAAACUUUUAUGCCGAGAGAGUAUUUUUCAGUGAUCCCUGGGACAGCUUUAGGUGAGCCGUGGACUUGGCCCACGAUCCGGAAAGGUCUGCCCGCUUUGGCUCUCACCUAUUUGUUCCUUACGUAGCGCGGAGCCGUGAAUCGGCAGCGUCGCUUUUCUGACCUUUGGUUUUGUUGAUUGAAAACGGUUUUUUGCAUUUAGUUCUUCGUUUCUUUUAAAUGACCGGUUGGGUGUUCACCCAGAACAGAUACAGGCAGCGAAGUAACAAGCGCCGUAAAAAUAAUUAAGCAUGGGCAAAGGAGAUCCUAAGAAGCCGAGAGGCAAAAUGUCAUCAUAUGCCUUCUUUGUGCAAACUUGCCGGGAGGAGCACAAGAAGAAGCACCCAGAUGCUUCCGUCAACUUCUCAGAGUUUUCUAAGAAGUGCUCAGAGCGGUGGAAGACCAUGUCUGCUAAAGAGAAAGGAAAGUUUGAAGACAUGGCAAAGGCGGACAAGGCCCGUUAUGAAAGAGAAAUGAAAACUUAUAUCCCUCCUAAAGGGGAAACAAAAAAGAAGUUCAAGGAUCCCAAUGCACCCAAGAGGCCUCCUUCGGCCUUUUUCUUGUUUUGUUCUGAGUAUCGUCCAAAAAUCAAAGGAGAACAUCCUGGCCUAUCCAUUGGUGAUGUUGCAAAGAAGCUGGGAGAGAUGUGGAAUAACACUGCUGCAGAUGACAAGCAGCCUUAUGAGAAGAAGGCCGCUAAGCUGAAGGAAAAGUACGAGAAGGAUAUUGCUGCAUACCGAGCUAAAGGGAAGCCUGAUGCAGCAAAAAAGGGAGUCGUCAAGGCUGAAAAAAGCAAGAAAAAGAAGGAAGAGGAGGAAGAUGAGGAAGAUGAAGAGGAUGAGGAGGAGGAGGAAGAUGAAGAGGAUGAAGAGGAAGAAGAAGAUGAUGAUGAUGAAUAAGUUGGUUCUAGCGCAGUUUUUUUUUUUUCUUGUCUAUAAAGCAUUUAACCCCCCUGUACACAACUCACUCCUUUUAAAGAAAAAAAUUGAAAUGUAAGGCUGUGUAAGAUUUGUUUUUAAACUGUACAGUGUCUUUUUUUGUAUAGUUAACACACUACCGAAUGUGUCUUUAGAUAGCCCUGUCCUGGUGGUAUUUUCAAUAGCCACUAACCUUGCCUGGUACAGUAUGGGGGUUGUAAAUUGGCAUGGAAAUUUAAAGCAGGUUCUUGUUGGUGCACAGCACAAAUUAGUUAUAUAUGGGGAUGGUAGUUUUUUCAUCUUCAGUUGUCUCUGAUGCAGCUUAUAUGAAAUAAUUGUUGUUCUGUUAACUGAAUACCACUCUGUAAUUGCAAAAAAAAGAAAAAAAGUUGCAGCUGUUUUGUUGACAUUCUGAAUGCUUCUAAGUAAAUACAAUUUUUUUUAUUAGUAUUGUUGUCCUUUUCAUAGGUCUGAAAAUUUUCUUCUUAAGGGGAAGCUAGUCUUUUGCUUUUUGCCCAUUUUGGAUCACACGAAUUAUUACAGUGUUUAUCUUUCGUAUAGUUAGCUGAUAAAAAGCUUUUGUGUACACACCCUGCAUACUCAUGAUGAGGGUAAUAAAAGUUUAAUUGAGACAGUUUUCAUCCAUAACUGAAACUCAAAUCUUGAUCGGUUGAUAACAGAUUUCACAUAGCCCAGGUUCAUUUACAAAGUGAAGAGUAACCAAUCUACUCACAGCACGGGAUUAUUAGAAUCAAACAUUUUGAAAGUCUGUCCUUGAAGGACUAAUAGAAAAGUAUGUUCUAAUCUUUACAUGAGGACUCUACAUCCUUUAACUCCCAUUACCGUGUAAUGGCAGUUAUAUUUGCAGUUCCCACGUUUAAGACUGAGAAUGUAUCCCCAAAAGCGUGAGCUUAAAAUACAAGACUGCCAUAUUAUGUUUUUUUUUGUUGUUGAUAUUAGUCCCAACAAAGGCUCUGGAGAAAAAGUGCUGGCUGUAAAUGUCUUCUCCUGUUUAUCUAAAUAUGGAUUGUUUAGGAAACUUGAGAUCCUCCAUUAAAGGUAUUUUUAAUUAAUUGGGCUAACUUUUAAAAUUCUAUACCACAUUUUAAAUCAGGUAUAUUUUCCUAUAUUAUGGUUUGCCCCUUUAUAAAUCAAAUAGACAUGAGGGAAGAAGACACUUAAACUUUGUAUUUCAGUAUGAAUUACCUGAUUUAUUUGAAUUUGAUUUUUCUUUACAAAACUCAAGCUCAUUGAUCAGGGUCAUAUGUUUAUCUGCUUAACAGUUUAGGGAACAAUUUGGCAAUUUUGUGGUUUUUGAGAUUAUCGUUCUCUUAAAGUGCCAGUGUUUUAAAAUAGCGUUCUUGUAAUUUUACACGCUUUUGUGAUGGAGUGCUGUUUUGUUAUAUAAUUUUGACUUGGAUUCUUUCCAUUUGCAUUUGUUUUAUGUAAUUUCAGGAAGAAUACUGAACAUCUGAGUCCUGGAUGAUACUAAUAAACUAAUAAUUGCAGAGGUUUUAAA